AUGGACACACGAGCCGGGUCUUGGCCGCGACGGCCCAUGCAGCCUAGCCCGAGGCAAGCGAAGGCUGCGGGUGAUGUGCGGCUUCCAUGCGUAGCCGGCGACGCUCGAGACACGGUGCCGCUCCCCACCGUUCAGAACUCAGAACCUGAUCGCAUGGCGCAUCGCAUGGCGUGCAUUACUCGACAUGUGACUGCCUGUGCCACUCCACCGCUCAUGGCCAAUGCUGUGGCAGCAGGGCCAGGGCUUCCCUUUGAUGAGGUGAUUGGCAUUUGUGCGAAGUACUUGAAGCACUCCCACACUGACUCCCACGCACUAGCAGUGAUGUCUGCGAUCAAAUCACAUUUGUAA